AGGGCCUGAGCAGGCGGCCUUAACACAAGGAUUUCCUUCCAAAAAUGCAGACCCAUUUUAAUUACAUUUGUAAUUAACCUUUGGGAGGGCAGGCCCCGGAUUCUGUUUGCUUUUGGACUCACCAACAAGAUGGGAGUCACGGCUGUGUUUAUUCUGCCUCUGCUGCUCCUGGGAAUCAGUGGCCUUCUCUUCAUUUACCAAGAGGUGUCCCGGCUGUGGUCCAAGUCAGCCGUGCAGAACAAAGUCGUGGUGCUCACGGAUGCCAUCUCGGGGCUGGGCAAGGAGUGUGCCCGGGUGUUCCACACUGGCGGUGCCAGGCUGGUCCUGUGUGGGAAGAACUGGGAGAGGCUACAGACCCUGUAUGACGCCCUGAUCAGCGUGGCUGACCCCCGCAAGACAUUCACCCCAAAGCUGGUCCUCCUGGACCUCUCGGACAUCAGCUGUGUCCCAGACGUGGCCAAGGAGAUCCUGGACUGCUACGGUUGCGUCGACAUCCUGAUCAACAAUGCCAGCAUGAAGGUGAAGGGGCCUGCCCAUAAGAUUUCUCUGGAGCUCGACAAGAAGAUCAUGGAUGCUAAUUACUUUGGACCCAUCACACUGACCAAAGCCCUGCUCCCCGACAUGAUCUCCCGGAGGACGGGCCAGAUCGUGCUGGUGAAUAACAUCCAAGGGAAGCUUGGAAUCCCAUUCCGGUCAGCGUAUGCCGCCUCCAAGCACGCGGCUCUAGGCUUCUUUGACUGCCUCCGAGCCGAAGUGGAGGAAUUUGACGUGGUCGUCAGCACCGUGAGCCCCACUUUCGUCCGGUCAUACCACAUUGAUCCCGGCCAAGGAAACUGGGAGGCCUCCAUCUGGAAAUUCUUUUUCAGGAAGCUCAGCUACGGGGUGCACCCCGUGGACGUGGCCGAGGAGGUGAUGCGCACCGUGAGGCGGAAGAAGCAAGAGGUCUUCAUGGCCAACCCCGUCCCCAAGGCCGCCGUGUACGUCCGCACCUUCUUCCCUGAGUUCUUCUUCGCCGUGGUGGCCUGUGGGGUGAAGGAGAAACUCAGCAUCCCGGAGGAGGGCUAACCACAGAGGCCGCGUGGGUCCCCUGGACGGGAAUAAAGGCUUUUCUGGCGGG